AUGUCGGGUCUCCACCGAUCAUCAAGUUCAUCGAAGAACGUCGGAAACUGCCUCCCCUCUAAGAUUAAAAGCGAAAGGCUUUUUCUAGUUGAUAGUGAAGUGAUGUGUGUUCGUCGAUUUGUGUUGAAUGUCCCUGAAGAAGAUCAACAGUCAUUCAAGAGGAUUCUGUUUCUGUGGUGGAGUAUGCUUAUUGGUAAUUAUGAAGACAAUGCUGUAGAGAAUGAUCAGACGUUAAAGUCUUUGUCUUUGAAGGACUGUGAUGUUUUAAGACCUUAUGUCUCUAACUUUGAUGACAUUUCUAAAGACUUUACGUCUUACAAGUGAGUUCCUGUCACUGGAGCUAUUAUUCUGGAUGAAACUUAUGAACGGUGCUUGUUGGUGAAGGGAUGGAAAGGAACAAGCUAGAGCUUUCCCCGCGGGAAGAAGAGUAAGGAUGAAGAAGACUAUGCCUGUGCUAUACGUGAGGUCUUACAAGAAACUGGAUUUGAUGUCUCAAAGCUACUAAAGAAAGAAGAAUACAUUGAGUUUACAUUCAGACAGCAAAGAGUGCGACUUUACAUCGUGGCUGGGAUGACAGAUGAUACAUCUUUUGCACCACAAACAAAGAAGGAAAUCAGUGAAAUUGCAUAGCAUCCGCUUGAUCAUCUUCAGCCAGCAAGUAAUUAGGUGAUAACUCAUGGAGUUGCUGGUCUCAAGUUGUAUUAUAUGGUGGCACCUUUUCUUGCGUCGUUGAAGUCGUGGAUAUCAAAGCAUCCGGCUCCUCUACCACGGAGACGUGAUAAGCCAUCUAGAGCACGCUGCGUGUGGAAUUCAAAGGCUAGUAGUGUUGGAGGAAACCGAAUAGUAACAACAGCCACAACGGAAAGCUACAAGAAAAAAGCCCGAAUUAAUAGACCACCUCAGGACACAGAACCUGGAAACAGUUUCAGAAGCUUCGAGUUCGGCACGUCAGCAAUCUUGGAAUCAGCUUAUUCAGUUUCUUAAUUUGUAACCUUGACUUCUUAUUUUUUUAAUUUUUCACUUAUUAUUAUGUUAAAGAAAAACGUAUGUAAAAAGCAUUCUUUUCACCGGGUCCAGAAAAUGAAUUUUACCUAGUUAAGAAA